AUGCCCGCCCACGAAGCCAGCCUGACCCAGACGCCGCUGCACGUCCUCGGCCUGGUCCUGCGACAUCUCGACACGCUGCACUCGCUCGGCGCGGCCGUGCUCGCGCACCCAGUGCUGCACGCGGCCUUCUUCGAGGACCCUGCGCGCAUCGUGCGCGACAUCCUCGAUGCGCAGAUGAGCCCGGCGACGGCGCGGCUCGCCUUUGCCGCGCACACGGCGCGCCGCGUCGACCGCGCCUCGCCCGCCGCCGUCCGCGCCUUUGCCGACGAGUGGCUGGUGCACGUCUCGGACGAGGCCGCCGCCGCCGCCGCCGCCGCCGCCGACGAGACCGGCGGGCCCCUCGGCGUCUGGCCCUGGGGCCUGUCCCUGCCCGACGUCGUCUCCAUGAGCAAGGCCCACGGCGUCGUCGAGGCCCUGACGGCGCGCCUCGUCCGCGCCGCCCUGCCCGCCUGCUGCGAGGAGGGCCUCUUUGGCACCACCACCCCCCGCCGCGCCACCCCCGCAGAGGUCAAGCGCAUACACCGCAUCCUCUACGGCUACGAGAUUUACUGCGGCCUGCUGUUCCGCGAGGCCGGCGACUGCGCCGCGCAUCGCAGCUGGCGCGCCGAAAUCAACUUUCAGCUCAGCGCCGCGCUCUACCGUGGCGAUGUCACCAGGGCGUACAAACAGCUCGCGUGCGUUCACGACUUUUUGGAGAAUAUCGUACUGCAAGUUGAGGUAGCGCUGAAGCAAGUCGCCAUGUAUGAUGUCACCUGGGGCGCCCACGAAGUCGACUACCUAUCCACCGGCAGCACCAACGAGCACGUACAAGCCUACCUAUCACUCGGGCUCGACUUCAUCUACAAGCUCGCGCAGGCCGGCACGCCGCUGCCGGCGUCCGCCAGCCCGGACGAGCAUCUCGCGCACUUUCGGCGUCUGCGGCAUCUCCUCCUUACGCACCGCUACUCGAGCACGAGCCCGCUGCCGCCGGCGACGCCGUACAUGCUGGCAUGCGAGCUCGACGCGCACAACCGCGCGCACCUCGCCGCCGCGGGCGCCGUUGAGCGCCAGCACGCUCUGCACCUGUGGGACGAGCCGCCGCCGCCGCCAGCCGGCGCAGGGGCGGCGGCGGCGGCGGCGUCGGCGACCGAUGAGGUGAUGCGCGCCGACGUGGCCGCGCGCUGGGCCGCCGAGGGCGUCGCCCGCGAAAAAGAAGUCGACGAGUGGGAGCGCCCGGCCAUGAAGCGCUCGUGGGCGCGGCGCAGGGACAUGUACGAGCAGGGCUAUAGAGGGUUUUACAAGGAGCAUAUGUAG